AUGGUUGGGAGCUUGAUGUACCUUACUGCUACUAGGCCUGAUCUCAUGUAUGUUGUAUGUCUGGUUAGCAGAUACAUGGAAAAACCUACUGAGUUGCAUCUGUUGGCAGUUAAGAGGAUUUUCAGAUAUUUGAAUGGAACUAUUGAUCUGGGAAUUUUGUAUAACAGGAAGGGAAAUGAAGAUCUUGUGGCUUUCACUGAUAGUGAUUAUGCAGGGGAUUUUGAUGAUCGCAGAAGUACCUCAGGCUAUGUCUUUCUUCUGGGAACUGGUUCAAUUGCUUGGUCUUCCAAGAAGCAAGCAGUGGUAAGUCUCUCUACCACUGAAGCAGAGUUUAUUGCAGCUGCCAUGUGUGCUUGUCAGUGCAUCUGGCUUAGAAGAAUUCUGGACAAUCUUGGCUCAUCUCAAAGCCAUUGUUCUAAGAUCUUCUGUGACAAUAGCUCUGCAAUUAAGCUGUCCAAGAAUCCAGUUCUACAUGGAAGAAGUAAACAUAUAGAUGUGAGGUACCAUUUCUUAAGGGACUUGGUUCAGGAUGGCAAGAUAGAACUUGAGCAUUGCAGUACAGAUGAGCAGGUUUCUGAUAUCAUGACUAAACCUUUGAAGGUUGAUUCUUUUGUAAGACUUAGAAGGAAGUUAGGCAUGUGUAGUUGUGAUCAGUUGAAGUUAAACUGUCUUACUUGA